UAGGCGGGUGUCGGAGCGCGGGGAGGCCACUCCGCGCGUUGUGGCCGUACGCGCUGUCCUCUGCGGGCCUCGACCCCACACCCGUCACUGCUGUGGCUGCCGCCAUGAGCCCCGUGGCGCCCACUACACAGGAGGCGUUGGAGACCGCGGGCCGCAUCAUCGACCGGCAGAUCCAGGAUGACCGCUGUUACCCAGACCUCUCCGAGCUGCUGGCGGUGCCGGCGCCUGGUAACCCUACUGUUUCUGGUAUGGCAGAUAUGGAUUAUCCUUUGCAAGGACCAGGUUUGCUGUCAAUACCUAAUCUUCCAGAAAUCAGCUCAGUUCGCAGAGUUCCACUUCCCCCAGAGCUAGUGGAACAAUUUGGACAUAUGCAGUGCAAUUGUAUGAUGGGGGUAUUUCCAGAAAUCAGCAGAGCUUGGCUGACCAUUGACAGUGAUAUCUUUAUGUGGAACUAUGAAGAUGGGGGAGAUCUGGUAUAUUUUGAUGGCCUUAGUGAAACUAUUCUUGCAGUGGGUCUUGCAAAGCCAAAGGAAGGCAUCUUCCAGCCUCAUGUACGGCACUUGCUUGUUCUGGCUACCCCUGUGGACAUUGUGAUUUUAGGGCUCAGCUAUGCUAAUAUACAAGCAGGUACUGGAUCACUCAAUGACAGUAUGUCUGGUGGCAUGCAGCUGCUGCCAGAUCCUCUCUAUUCUCUUCCUACUGACAAUACAUACAUUCAGGCGAUAACAUCUACUGAUAAUGGGCGUAUCUUUUUGGCUGGAAAAGAUGGCUGCCUAUACGAAGUAGCAUACCAGGCUGAAGCAGGCUGGUUCAGCCAGCGCUGUAGAAAAAUUAAUCAUUCAAGGAGCAUGCUGUCUUUCCUCGUUCCUUCAUUUUUACAGUUCACUUUUUCACAAGAUGAUCCUGUAGUUCAAAUUGCCAUUGACAACUCCCGAAAUAUCUUAUACACCCGCUCAGAAAAAGGAGUGCUGCAAGUUUACGAUCUUGGGCAAGAUGGUGAAGGAAUGACCAGAGUUACUUCUCUUCCACAAAAUGCUGUAGUUGCUGCUGCUGGGAGUAUUGCCAGAACAAUAGACCGUUCUGUAUUCAAGCCUAUUGUUCAAAUAGCAGUGAUAGAAAAUUCUGAAUCCAUAGACUGCCAACUACUGGCCAUCACACAUGCAGGUGUCCGACUGUAUUUCAGUACUUCACAAUUUAAGCAUCCAACAGCUCGCCCUUCCAUGUUAACCUUGGUUCAUGUCCGUUUGCCACCUGGGUUUUCAGCUUCUUCUAAUGUGGAGAAGCCUGCAAAAGUUCACAGAGCUCUUUAUAGCAAAGGGGUCCUGCUGAUGGCAGCUUCAGAGAAUGAGGAUAAUGACAUCCUGUGGUGUAUCAACCAUGAUUCUUUUCCAUUUCAAAAGCCAAUGAUGGAAACGCAGAUGACCACACGUGUUGAUGGACAUUCCUGGGCUCUUUCGGCUAUUGACGAAUUCAAACUUCAGAAGAUUGUAACACCACUAAAUAAAGACAUUAUUCCAAUAACUGAUUCACCUGUUGUUGUGCAGCAACACAUGCUGCCACCUAAGAAGUUCAUUGUGCUUUCUGCCCAGGGGAGCUUUAUGUUUCAUAAACUCAGACCUGUUGAUCAGUUGCGGCAUCUGCUUGUUAGCAACGUAGGUGGAGAUGGAGAAGAGAUUGAAAGAUUUUUCAAGUUACAUCAGGAGGAUCAGGCCUGUGCCACUUGCCUUAUCUUGGCGUGUUCUAAUGCUGCAUGUGAUAGAGAAGUGUCUGCAUGGGCUACUCGAGCAUUCUUCAGGUAUGGUGGAGAAGCACAAAUGAGGUUUGCAUCAGCUCUGCCUCCUCCAAUCAAUGUUGGAUCUCUUUUGGGUUCUCCAGUUGCUGCCAGCACCCCAGGGAUUGUUCCUCAGUCUCCUCCCAGCUAUUUGGGAACAUCUGGGCUAGAUCUUCCUGUUAGUUCAUCAUCCCCCAUGAUGAUGGGUCCUGAGAUAGUAUUUUCUGGAAGACACAAUGGCAUCUGCAUAUACUUUGCUCGGAUUAUAGGGAAUAUUUGGGAUGGCACUAUAGUUGUGGAGAGAGUUUUCAAAAGUGACAACCGAAAAGUUGUUGCAGUAGAAAGCAGUGUUCCGUCCCAUGUGCUGGAAUGUGUAUUAAAAGAACUAAAAGGUUUACAAGAAUUUCUGUCUAGAAAUUCACAGUUUGCUACAGUAGGAGCACUAGGAAACCCAAGUUUCAGUGCACCGUCCAAUCUGCAACAGAGGCUCCUGGGUUUCAUGCGGCCUGAUGGUGGAAGUUCUCAGCAAGUCCAGCAAGAUCUCCAGAGGAAAUACCAUGCUGAGGCACAGCUAACUGAGAAGACCUCACUUGAAGGCAUCCAGCAGCUUGUUCAUAAGACCUGCCAGGCUUUGGCUUUAUGGAAGUUGUUGUGUGAGCACCAGUUCAAUGUUGUUGUGGGUGAACUUCAGAAGGAACUUCAAGAACAGCUGAAGAUCACUGCUUUCAAAGACUUGGUUAUUAGAGACAGAGAGUUGACAGGGGCACUCAUAGCUUCUCUUAUAAACUGUUACAUCAGAGAUAAUGCUGCUGUGGAUGGCAUCAUUGCCCAUUUGCAAGAUAUCUGUCCUCUUCUUUAUAGCACUGAUGAUGCUGUGUGUUCCAAGGCAAAUGAACUACUUCAGCGAUCUCGACAGGCUCAGAGCAAGCUGGAAAAAGAAAAGAUGCUAAGAGAAUCCCUCAAAGAAUACCAGAAGAUCAGCAACCAAGUAGACCUUGCUAAUGUUUGUGCACAGUAUAGGCAAGUACGCUUCUAUGAGGGAGUAGUUGAACUCUCCCUUACAGCUGCUGAGAAGAAAGAUCCUCAGGGUCUUGGCCUUCAUUUUUAUAAAAAUGGAGAACCAGAAGAGGAUCUUGUUGGACUCCAGGCUUUUCAAGAGAGAUUGAACAGCUACAAGUGUAUCACUGACACCCUUCAAGAGUUAGUGAAUCAGAGUAAAGCUGCUCCUCAGUCUCCCAGUGUACCCAAAAAGCCAGGUCCUCCAGUGCUGUCAUCAGACCCAAACAUGCUAAGCAACGAAGAAGCAGGGCAUCAUUUUGAACAAAUGCUGAAGCUGGCUCAGCGUUCAACAGAUGAACUCUUCAGUAUUGCACUUUACAACUGGUUGAUACAAGCUGACUUGGCAGACAAACUGUUACAGGUUACUUCACCCUUUUUGGAACCCUACCUUGUCCGGAUGACCAAGAUUGACCAAAACAAAGUCCGUUACAUGGAUUUAUUGUGGAGAUACUUUGAGAAGAACAGAAAUUUUAGUAAUGCAGCCAGAAUCUUGGCUAAGUUGGCUGACCUGCAUAGCACAGAAAUUUCACUUCAGCAGCGUCUCGAAUACAUAGCACGUGCCAUUUUGAGUGCCAAAAGUUCCACUGCCAUAUCCUCUAUUGCUGCAGAUGGUGAAUUCCUACAUGAACUAGAAGAGAAAAUGGAAGUUGCAAGAAUCCAGCUUCAAAUACAAGAAACCUUACAACAGCAGUAUUCACAUCAUUCUUCAGUGCAAGAUGCCAUUUCCCAACUUGAUGCUGAGCUGAUGGAUAUAACCAAGCUAUAUGGAGAAUUUGCUGACCCUUUUAAGCUCUCAGAGUGUAAGCUUGCCAUAAUACAUUGUGCUGGUCAUUCUGAUCCUAUCUUGGUGCAAACGCUCUGGCAAGAAAUCAUUGAGAAAGAGUUGAGCGAUAGUGUGUGUCUGAGCCCUGCUGACAGAAUGCAAGCGCUUAGUCUGAAGAUGAUACUGCUUGGAAAGGUUUAUGCUGGCACACCUCGUUACUUUCCUUUAGAUUUCUUAGUGCAGUUUCUAGAGCAACACGUCUGCACUUUGAACUGGGAUGUAGGUUUUGUAACACACACCAUGCAAGAAAUUGGAAUGCCAUUGCAUAGACUACUAGAAGUAUACGACCAGUUGUUUAAAGCACGGGACCCAUACUGGACUCGGAUGAAAAAGCCUUUGCACCUUUUAGAGUGUAUUCAUGUAUUAUUAUCAGGAUACGUACGUGAUCCCAGCAGAGUACCUCAGAGGCGACAGUUCACAAAUGCUUGCUUGGAUGCUAUAAGUUGCUACUUGGUUGAGCUUCAGUCUCUGAGCCCAACGCUAGCAGUGCAGACUAAUAUUGGCAACUUUAAAUCACUACAGGCUAAAUUAGAACGGCUUCACUGAUUGACAAAUAGAAUCAUUAGCUUAAAGAAAAUGAAUUACAACAUGGAAGAUCAUAUGCUGGUGCUGAAUCUCUGGAAGAAGAACUCCUCAAAAUAAUUUUUUUUAUAUUCUUCUGCAUACCAAUUGUGUGGCCUAUGUUCAUGCUGUUUUGAAAGUAUCUACAGAUUGUAGAAUGUAAAUGUGACUAAUGGAGUUCCCUUAAAUACUACCAAAUUUUUAAAAAAUAGAAACCUUCUUUUCUACUAUUGAAAUAAACUUCAUUGUGUGAUCUUUCCCUGAA